AUGGCGUCGAGAGCAAAAUUUAGGGUUGCGAUUUGCGGUGCAGGAAUUGGUGGAUUGACUACUGCAGUUGCAUUAUCACGAUAUCCGGAUAUUGAAGUUCAAAUUUACGAAGCCGCUGAGAAACUAGCAGAAAUAGGCGCUGGCAUUGGGCUUUGGGGUCGAUCUUGGGAAAUCAUCCGAAAACUUGGCUUAGAUGAGGACCUGGCUUGCUGCACAGAGACGAAGCCUUCUCAGGAUCCCACUCCAUCUUUUAGAUAUCGCAAAAGUGACAAACCAGAGGGCCUGGAAUUCUACACACUUGUCACAAAAGGAAAAAUUCUGACGUUUCACCGACCCGAUUUUCAGAAUGUUCUUCUCAAGCAUAUCCCGUCAUCGUAUCGGAUCCACUGCAGCAAACGACUUCGUUCAUAUACUCAGCGACAAGGCGGCCCAAUUACUCUUCUCUUCGAAGAUGGAACGCGGGCCUCUUGCGACGUGCUCCUUGGUGCGGACGGACUAAAGUCCGCGGUAAGGAGGUCUUUGCUGGGGGAAAAGGCCCUAUGGGCCCAAUCACAAAACAGAUGGUCCGAGGCCGCUGAUAUAACGGCCAUGAUUGAACCUGUCUGGAGCGGUACAAAUGCGUAUCGUGCUCUCAUACCAGCUGAUCGAUUGAAGUUGCGGAAACCCGACCAUCGAGUCUUCACACAACCCACUCAGUACUUGGGAAAGAAUGGAUAUAUCAUAGCCUAUCCUAUAUCCCAUGGGAAGAUGAUCAACUUUGUCGCAUUCAAAUCACAACAUGACAUGGAAGGCUCAAAGUUCAACGGGCCAUGGGUUUGCGUUACCGACAAGGCGGAGUUUGCAUCAUGGUAUCGAGAUUGGGAACCCGAGGUUCAGGCGCUCGUGGAUUGCGUCGAUAAACCAUUACGCUGGGCUAUACACGUCGUUAAGCCUCUGGGUUCGUACGUGUCUGGAAAUGUAGCGAUCCUUGGCGAUGCUGCUCAUGCCGCGACUCCGCAUCAAGGGUCUGGUGCAGGGCAAGCUAUUGAGGAUGCAUUUAUUCUAGCAACUCUCUUAGGACAUCCUCUUACAACCCGAGAAACACUUACAAGAGCCCUCGGAAUCUAUGAUCACGUUCGCAGGCCAUUUGCGCACAAGGUGUACCAAAAGUCAAGACUGAAUGGCCAAUAUUUUACUCUAAAUACACCGGAGAUCGACUUUAACUCGGUACCUGAUCAUGAAUUACUAGCGAAGCUCAGGAUCCUCGGACAGGUUUUCACGAAGAACUGGGAGUGGGCUUGGACUACGUCAUUAGGAUCCUCCGUACAAGAGGCGUUACGGCUAUUGGAAUCUUCAUGA